GGUCCCGGCGGGAGGUCCGCCAUGGCCGGCGGCGGGGAUGCGCUCCGCGCCCUGCUCCGCGCCGCUAACGCCCUCCUGCAGCAGCACCGCUACCGCGCCGCGCUCGCCGUCCUCAAGGGCUUCCGCAACGGGGCCGUUUAUGGAGCAAAAAUUCGUGGCCCGCAUGCCCUGGUGAUGACUUUUCUAUUCAAGAGCGGAAGUUUAAGAGAGAAAUUGAAAUCGAUUGCUCAGGCUACGUACACUCAUUCCCGGAACUUGGCGUAUUUUGUGUCCACCUACAAGGGGCUGAUGGCGUUGCAGUCCCGACUACAGGGGAAACAAAUUCCAUUUCAUUCUUUCUUUGCAGCCUGCAUUGGGGGUUGGCUAGUGUUCGGUGAGAACAAUCCCAUCAACAGCCAGAUCAUUAUGUACCUGCUUUCUCGUAUCCUGUUCGGCUUGUCUCGGCUGGCAGUGGAAAAGGGCUAUGUCCCACAGCCAAAGCAGGAUCCCUUUCCGCUUGUCGCUGCUCUGAUAUGGGGGACAGUUCUCUGGCUCUUUGAAUACCACCGGCAAACUCUGCAGCCUUCUCUGCAGUCCUCCAUGACCUACCUAUAUGACGAUAGUAAUCAGGAAGGUUAUCAGCGUCCUGCAUGUGGGAGAUGCUGAUGGUGGGAGCCGCCUGUGCCGUGUCUCGUGAGUGGACUAUCAUCUCUCUCGGUGUGGCGGGACUACUCCCAGCUCCGGCUGCUGUCCCCUCUGCCCCUGCCUCCCCCCUGGCUGCACAGUCCUGCUGCCGGCACGGUCAAGUGCAGCUUUGCUUCCAGCAGAGCUUUUUCUCUGUGCUGCCCUGCAAGGCGUUAUCAACUAGUGCUGAAGAAGCUGCUGAGGUCCACAGCUGUUCGGUGUUUGUAAACACAAAA